UUUUGCAGUAUUUUUAACGUCAAGCUUCCUGGAGCACCGGCGGCUGAGUCAGUUUCGCUGAGCGAAAGCUAAAGAUGAUUUUGCUUUUGAUUUAUCGUUAUUAAUUUAUUCAACCAGACAUGAAUGUGAUUGUGACGAAUAGUGAAUCACCUGACGAAAGGAGUUGUUUAUCGUGGGAGAACAUGAGCUUUUCCCAUAAAUAACGUAGAUUACCUUAAGUUAGUGUCCUGUAAUCUGCUUCAAAGAUCUGUGAUUUGAACCAGUUCUUAUAACCGAAAUAAUCGCGAUUGAUAGUCAUUCAUCGUUAUUUAAGUUUGCGUGACGGUGUUCAGACUCGACGAGCGGUGCAGAUAUGGGAUAACAUCAGUAAUCAGAUUAAACGGCUUUAGACUUCGCGUUUGUACACUAACUGUUUGCAUGUUGACAUGGAUCAGAGAAGUCAAGAGACUGGAGACAUGGAGGAGGUGAAGAUGUGUGAUCCAUCCAUCCUUCAACAAUGUCUUGAUCAGACAGAUGUUGCGUACUCAGAUAGUGAUGUCCCAUCAGAAAACCAUUGUGUGAAUGAAGAUCACAGGAUGCCUUCGGACCCAGAGGGGCUCUUAGAGUCAGCAGACCUUACAUCAAUAGAGAGCAGCCAACCACAAGAGCCUUCAACAGAUAUGCAGAAGCUUAACAUUGAUGAAGACCGAUCUCUAUGUGCCGGUGGUUCGGAGACUGAUUCUGGGAAAGCAUCUGAGGACUCUGCAUUAGCGGAUAAUGGCCAGGAUGACUCGGGUGAGUUUGUUGUAACCAUGUUAGCCCGGAGUAAGAUGGAAGAGCAGGGACUGGGUAUUAAAGGAGCCUCGUCUCCUCUCUCCGAGACCGGCACACCUCUAGGACCUCCCUCUCACAGGAACGAGGAUGUGACGGCGGAUAGCUGGAGACAGCACAGGAAGCAUGUGUUUGUGCUGAGCGAGGCUGGGAAGCCUAUCUACUCUCGAUAUGGAAGUGAGGAGGCCCUGUCCUCCACCAUGGGAGUGAUGAUGGCCCUGGUGUCCUUCGUUCAAAGUGGAGACAACAUCAUUCGUUCAGUCUACUCUGAUGAGCACACUGUUGUGUUCAUGCAGCAGGGUCCUCUGGUGCUGGUGUCUGUCUCCAGCAGCCGUCAAUCAGAGCAGCAGCUCCGUAACGAACUGCUUUACGUCUACAACCAGAUCGUCAGCAUGCUCACACAGGCCAGCAUCACCCGCAUCUUCGAGCACAAGAAGAACUACGACCUGCGGCGCUUGCUGGCCGGCUCGGAGAAGAUUCUCGACGGCCUCCUUAACCUCGUGGACUCAGACCCCAGCUUCUUACUCUCCGCCGUGCACUGUCUGCCCUUGGCCUCGUCUCUCAGGGACUCCCUCAGUCAGAUUCUCCAGAAGGCCAUCACACCCAACCUGGUCUUCUCCAUCCUCAUAGCCAAGAACCAGCUGCUCACCAUAGUGCAAGAAAAGAUGGUCAUCGACGAUGCCCGACUAGAGCCUGCUGACCUCCACCUCUUGCUAAACCUCAUCGGGGCCUCGUCUGCCUUCCAGGCCGGGGAGAUCUGGACGCCCAUCUGCCUGCCCAGUUUUAACCCAGACUGUUAUUUUUAUGCUUACAUCUCGUAUCUGGACCCUCCUGAAUGUACUGUUUGCCUGGUUCUUCUCUCUACCGAUAAAGAGGCGUUUUAUUCAGUGGCCGAGUGUAAGAGGAAGAUCGAGGAGGCUAUGCAAACGCAGAACGCGCUCAACUCUAUAGCGAAAGCUCAUUCGUACAGCGUUAGUCAGGUGGGAGUGUCUGACCUCAGGCAUUUCAUGUACAAGCCUUUUGAUGUGCCCGACAACCAUCGCCAGCUAACACAGUUCACCAGCCCAGAGAUGGAAGCCCCGUACAGCAGCGAGGAGGAGCGGAUGAGACUCCUGGACCUGUACAGAGACAUGCACGGCCGAAUCCACAGUACCUCACGCCCCCUCAAGCUCAUCUACCACGUGGCCGAACGUGAGACUCUGCUGGCCUGGGUCACAAGUAAAUUCGAGCUAUAUACGUGCUUCAGCCCUCUCGUCACGAAAACCUGUGCUAUCAACGCCAUCACUAAACUCCUGCGCUGGAUCAAGAAAGAGGAAGACCGUCUGUUUAUCCGAUACCCUCCGAAAUACUCCACCACCCCCAACCCUAGUAAAAGCUCUAAAGGAGAUGCACACUGAUCAGACUGACCCGACUGCAUAUGGCAGGACGUGCAUCUCUGCAUUCGAACCUAACUCAGUUUAGUAAUCCAAUGGAGAUGAUUCAACCAAAAGAUCCUAAUCUACUGUGGGUUAAUGUAAUGUUAUGUAAAGCUGCUGUUUUUGUUUGUUGACCAUUUGACACAUCUUGGACUGGAUCUGAUUUUAUAUGUACAGAAACAACAUUUGGAGCUUUACGUAGCAAAAGGCCCAAUAAAAAAGAUUUUUUUCCUUCUGAACUGGUGGCGAUGAACAAUUAUUGUGGGUAUAACUGGAUUGUUUUACUUUGUAGUAAAAUAUUUAUGGUCAAUUAAUUGCAUAUAGAUUAGAAACUGUUUAAAAGAUCAAAAUCCCAAUGUUUGAAUGAAGAAGAUGAGCUGUUCGUCAUGGUCUUUCUGACAAAGUCUCUUAAUUCAGCAUGGCUGCUUGAGCUGUGCAGUGUCACACUGCACCUUUGUUUGUUGUACUUGUGAUGUAUUCUUUUAGAGGUUUCCUUUGUUUUGUCUUAUGUGGUUUUGAACUUAAAAACCAAACAGACCAAACCUUGCUUCAUUUUAAUGAAAAUAACAUAUCAUAAGAUCAUAAAACUCUGUCCUUGCUAUGGGAUUAAUGUUCUUUCAUUUCUGUUUUGGUUUGUUUACUGCACAGCACAGCACACCACGUGGUUUACUGUUGUACAUAUGUGUUUGUUUCCCGUUUGACAUGCCAGUCGUGAAUUAUGACAUUUAUUCCUCUGGCAUGUGCACUAUGACGUCAUAUCGAAGAUCAAGAAAACCCAAGACAUGUUGGUUUUAUACCACCGGGCAUAACAGGAAAAUCCUCAAUGUAUGAUAAUUGGAAUUUUUUUCUGAAAAAAACAUUUGUAUUCAAGAGGAAUAAUAUAUUUGGUGCUGUAAUAAAUCUGAGGUUGCUCAAAGUACA